AUGGAGGCGGCGGCCGAGUGCGCGGGCGGCGGCGGCGGCGGCAGCGGCGCCCUAAGGGAGGUCAAGAAGGAGGCCGGCGCCGGCGACGUGUUCCUCGUCGACGACCUCCUCGACCUGCCCUGCGACGACGACGAGGAGGAGGACGACGCCGCGGCGGCGGGGUUCGCCGACGGCGCCGCGGACUGUAGCGCCGGCGAGGCCGGGGGCGGCGGCGGGAACGCGUCGGCCGACUCGUCCACGGUCACCGCCGUCGACAGCUGCAGCAACUCCCUCUCCGGCGGCCUCGCCGACGGCGACUUCUCCGGCGGCCUCUGCGAGCCGUACGACCAGUUGGCGGAGCUGGAAUGGCUGUCCAACUACAUGGGCGACGACAACUUCCCCACCGAGGACCUCCGCAAGCUGCAGCUCAUCUCCGGCAUCCCCUCCGCGUCGUCCCAGACGGCCCCGCGCGCGCCCGCCGCGCCGGUGCAGCCUUGUGCCGGUGGUGGCGUCGGCACGGCCUUGUGGCGCUCGGAGGCGCACGCCGGGCAGGUUUCCGUGCCGGGCAAGGCGCGCAGCAAGCGGUCCCGCGUCGCGCCCUGCAACUGGUCCUCCCGCCUGCUCGUGCUCCCGCCGGCGCCGGCCUCGCCGCCCUCCCCGGCGUCCGCCGUCAUCUCGCCGUCCGAGUCCGGGACGGCGUUCCCGCUCUUCCCGAACAAGAAGCCCGCCAAGUCGUCCAAGAAGGAGGGGCCGGCCGCCCCCGCCAUGACCGCCGCCGAGGCCGCGGCCGCGGAGGGGCGGCGGUGCCUGCACUGCGAGACCGACAAGACCCCGCAGUGGAGGACGGGGCCGCUGGGGCCCAAGACGCUGUGCAACGCGUGCGGGGUGCGGUACAAGUCCGGGCGGCUGGUGCCGGAGUACCGGCCGGCGGCGAGCCCGACGUUCGUGCCGUCCAAGCAUUCCAACUCGCACCGCAAGGUGGUGGAGCUGCGGCGCCAGAAGGACACCCCGCAGCAGCAGCUCCUGCACCAUUCUCAGCACCAGCCGCCGCAGCAGCAGCACCAGCUGGGGCCGGGCCUGGGGUUCCAGGUGCCGAGCCCGCUGCUGUUCGACGGGCCGCACCUGGGCGGCGGCGCGGACGAGUUCCUCAUCCGCAACCGCAUAGGCCCCGACCACCGGCAGCUCAUCUAG